CUGAUAGCUAAUGUCAACAACAGUCAUAAAAUAACCUUCAUUCCAUCACGAAAACUCAUUGCGAUGCAAAAACACUGGAAAAAAUGCGGACUCUUGCACAGAGAACAAGACGCAGUAGUUCAACACAUAAAUUCUGGUAUUCUGAUCGAAUGGCGACGAAAAGCACUCGGAUGUAUCCUGAUGAACACCAAACAUCCGUUUUGCAAAGUGUUCUACAGAUCGUACACCCAGAGAAGAACGGAGCAUAUCAGACAGCUAACUCAAUACGGAAGAAGAGUGCAUCCUUUCAGCAUAUUCAACGUAUAUUGGGAGUAUCUCAUGUCUUGGACGUAUAUAAUUGACUGCUCGACUCGUACCCUGAGGGCGAUGUUCAGCUGGGGCGUUCCAGCAACGCAAGCGGAAAAUAAUUUUUUGGCCUUCCUGGACUGCGUUUUCAUCCUUGACAUGGUGGUACACUUCAACGUGGGCUAUUACGACUACGAAAAAAAUAAGACUAUGUUAAACUAUCGUGACAUCGCUUUGCGAUAUCUAAAAUCUGAUUUCAUCGUAGAUUUCCUAGCUUGUUCUUACACUCUGUUCUACCCUGUUGCUUAUAUGUCCAGGAUUAUCUUGAGUUUCCACGGGUGGUUAGUGUUUUUUCCCGUUUUCAGGAUAAUCCGAAUAAAAAGAAUCUUGGAGGCUUACGAAAUUUUCAAGCUGCGUCUAUCCUUGUCGACUUUUCAAAGCACGAUGUUCAAAUCAUUGCUUACUCUGUUCAUGAUUCUCUCUUUCUCAUAUUGUAUGCUGUUCACCGUUGAGGACACUAUAGAAAGCUUCUUUUACAAUACGAUGAGGUAUGAAGCCUUCAGUCUCCAUAGGAUGUACACGGCAACGUUGAAGAUACUGUCAGUGUGCGUUUUUGGACAUACAGAGGGAGCCCAGUUGGCAAUCGAAAUGGCAUCCAUGACGUUUCUAGUCUAUAGUGUUUGGAUGAAUGUAGCCGUGAUGAUCGUGCUUCUGCAUAUGUGGAAGAAGUUGGGUCGAAGUCGACGUGAGGAGGCGUAUUUGGAAUUCAAGCAGUACGUGAAACACCAAGGGUUACCGCCUGAGCUGCGGACCAAGUUUUUCCUAUUCCUCAGGUUCAAAUUCACAAAUACAUUCUUCAAGGAAAGCAGAAUCGAUAAGUCUGUAUCAACGAUUCUGAAGGAGAAAUUGAGAAUGAGCAUGAUCAAGAAGCAUAUCCUUAAGAAUGACUUAUUCAGGAAGAUCCCAACAAGAAUGUUGAACAACCUGGUGGCGAGGUUUCGAACUGAAAUAUUUCUCACGAAUGACGUCAUUAUCGUUGCUGGUGUUCCCGGGGAUUGCAUGUACUUUAUCAACUACGGCACCGUUGCCAUUUACUCACUUGCAGGUAACGAAGUCUGCCAUCUAGAAGACGGCGCCUACUUUGGAGAAAUAGCGAUGAUCUUCGACGAGCUCCGCGUUGAAACAGUGGUCGCUGUAGCUCCGUGCGAGUUGUUCAUCUUGAACCGAAGCGACUUCGUAGAGAUUAUCCACCCUUACCCUCGAGUCUUGGAGGAGAUCAGGCAGCAAGCUAGGAAGAAAAUCUCAGCUACGGGAUUGGAAAGCGUAGAACCACCUAAAAAGCAACGAUCUAAUUCGUCGAUUCUUUAGCUUGUUGUUAGGUAUUUUCACGUAUAAUAUAUGUGUUAUAAGCUUUUA